AUGACUGAAUUCUUUAACCCUUCGCCGUUAAAGUUAUGGGUCGUAAAUAAAAGUAAUUAUUGGAGGUACGUGUGUAUUGUCAUAAAUUUGCUACUUCGAGAUCACCACCAGCCGGAGGAUCCGCCGCCGCCGGACCAGCCACCGCCGCCUCCGCCGGACUUCCAUCCGCUACCACCACCGCCUGACCAGCCACCACCUCCUCCGCCUGAUUUCCAUCCGCCACCGUCGCCAGACCAUCCGCCUCCGCCUCCGCCAGAUUUCCAUCCGCCACCGCCGCUGGACCAUCCGCCGCCGCCUGAUUUCCAUCCACCACCUCCUCCGCCGCUGGACCAGCCACCACCUCCUCCGCCUGAUUUCCAACCGCCUCCGUAA